CCCAGCGCAUCCCAGCAUACACACGGUACUGGAGAGUGAGGGCAUCCCAGCAUACACACUGACUACUAUCAGAGCCAUCGGCGCAUCGCAGCAUCCCCCGCCGCCACAACCUGAACGACCAGGAUCAUCGGAUCGAGCGAGAGGGAAAACACUCUUUUUUAAAAAUCCUUUGGGUGUGUGAUUGUGUUUCUCGUCGGCUUCUGUACAGUGGAUACGCUGUCAUGUCCAAGUACACUGAAUUAUCUGUAGGCGUGCGUGUCUUGUUGUGUGACAGCUCUGCCCUAAAAGCAUUUUAUUAGACGCCUCUUCCAGCACUGACUGGCACACGACGCUCCUCCAACCGAUGCGUCACUUCUAAGAGCGCCGGGACAACCAAACUGGCUCCGGUCUUCUCGCCUGAGCCGAUCUUCAGCUGCCCGUGUUGAAAUCUACAUUCUGGUUGAAUUGUGUGUUUUUCCCCGGAUCCAGUAAAGGACUGAUUUUUUUUCUAUUUUUUGGCUUUUCCACCUGAGAGAGAGGACGUGUGUUUCUUUGGAGCCUUUUACGCAUGCAGGGAGAACACUGUGGUGACACCUGAUCGACUGGCUUCUCUGCGCACAUUGGCCCGGGAGCUUCAGGCGAAUCAAGGAGGGAAACAGCAGAUACUCGGUCAAUACUCGGCCUGUGCUGUUGAUUUUGUUUGGGUGUGUGCGCGCUUCAUUUGUGGGGUUGUAGCCCAACCAAAGCCAUGGUCCACUGCGCAGGCUGCGAGAGGCCUAUUCUGGACCGCUUUCUGCUCAACGUGCUGGAUAGAGCCUGGCACGUCAAAUGCGUGCAGUGCUGCGAGUGCAAAUGUAAUUUGACAGAGAAAUGUUUUUCUCGAGAAGGGAGACUGUACUGCAAAAACGAUUUCUUUAGACGGUUCGGCACAAAAUGUGGCGGCUGUUCGCAAGGCAUUUCUCCAAACGACUUGGUUCGGAGGGCCCGCAGCAAAGUGUUUCACCUCAACUGCUUCACCUGCAUGAUGUGCAAUAAGCAGCUCUCCACCGGCGAGGAGCUCUACAUCAUAGACGAGAACAAAUUCGUUUGCAAAGACGAUUACCAAAACAAUGCCAGUGUAAAAGACGCCAGCCUCCUCUCAGUAACGGCCUGCAGCGACCCCAGUUUAUCACCGGACUCUCAAGACCAGCUACAGGACGACGUGGUCCUAAAGGACACGGAGUCAGCCGCCCUGUCCGACAAAGAAACUGUUAAUAACGAGAACGACGACCAGAACGUCGGAGGGAAGCGGCGCGGCCCGCGGACCACCAUCAAGGCCAAACAGCUGGAGACGCUGAAGGCGGCGUUCGCUGCCACCCCCAAACCCACCAGACACAUCAGGGAGCAGCUGGCACAGGAGACCGGCCUCAACAUGAGGGUCAUCCAGGUCUGGUUCCAGAACCGACGUUCCAAAGAGAGGCGUAUGAAGCAGUUGAGCGCGCUGGGCGCCCGAAGGCACGCGUUUUUCCGGAGCCCACGGCGGAUGAGGACGCUGGUGGACCGGCUGGAGCCCGGGGAGCUGAUCCCCAACGGGCCCUUCUCCUACUAUGGAGAUUAUCAAAGCGAGUACUACGGCCCGGGAGGGAACUAUGACUUCUUCCCUCAGGGGCCUCCAUCAUCGCAGGCCCAGACCCCAGUCGAUCUCCCAUUUGUGCCCUCCUCAGGCCCCACGGGCACCCCCCUCGGAGGUAUGGACCACCCCUUGCCGGGCCACCACCCCUCCAGCGAGGUGCAGCGCUUCUCUGAUAUAAUGUCCCACCAUCCGGGGGACUCUCCCAGCCCAGAGCCCGGCAUCCCAGGACCCCUGCACAGCAUCUCCUCCGAUGUGUUCGGCCCUAGUCCGCCCUUUACCUCACUGUCGCUGAACGGCAGCGGAUACAGCAACCACCUGUCCCAUCCGCCCUCGGAAAUGAACGAGGGCACUGUGUGGUAGCUUUUAGAGAGAGUGGACUCUACCGAUGAGAGAUUCUGUAACAGAGGGUGGUGAGGUUUGGUGGUGUUGGGGGAUGGGUCGAGAAGGGAAAUGGAUAUCGACAGGGCAACGCCAUUGAAUUUUUUUUUUUCACAUUUAUUUUUCCAGUUGAUUUGUUGAUCUUUUUUGUGGGAAAAACGUAUCUGGCAUAAUGCUCAAAAACAUUGUCUUCGGUAUUGUGUUUGGGUGUUUAAAUUGCCGCUUUCGACCCCCCUCCUGCAUCGACAACUGGACUCACAAAAAAAAUGGGCGAGACUGCUGAACUGCCCCCCAUUCCCCACCCCCCCACACCCUUUUUGGGCCCCUGGGGCACCCUGUCACCCCUCCUGACUCCUGUCAGUGGCCCGGCAUAGCGACCAAACCCCCUAACACUCACCGGUGGGGUAAAAAACAACCCGCUGGAAAUCUCCUAUAGCAUGUCCCAAACACAAAAACAUCAUUAGCUACUGUCAAAGACUUCAAUAGCUUUACAGAGAGAAUAAAGGGGCAGAGGGUUGAUCGUGUGCAGACCUGGGACUGUAGGAAGGCUGAGCGACAUUCAGACUGUGUUCGAGGUAUGAGCCUUGUCCCUUGUAUUUAUUCAGAAGCUCCUCAGACCUCUUUGCCUCUUAAGGCUCUGCCAUAUUGACACUUAACCUUUUUGACACCAUGCUUCAGAAGGCCAGAGGAAAUGACAAUUUUCCCUUCAUCUGGACUAUUUGUUUCUUUUUUUUCCUUUUUUCUUCGCGAUUUCAGAAUUUCCACCAAAUCUGAAGAAGGUCGCCUUGAAAAGGCAAACUGUAAAAACCCUCUGCGGAUUGCAAACCCUUUAUUUAAUAUGGAAGUGAACUUGAAAUGUUGAAAUGAAGUCUACCUUCUAAAAUUCUUUUACCGGGGUUCUAAAUGGGACUUAGAGCAGUCAACUGUUUACGUAAUCUAUUUAAUUCAGGAGUCCAGAAGUCUCGAAAACCAUGUUUUAGAACCUCUCGAUCCAUAUAAAAAUGUUCCAAGCAACCAACCAAACUUUUGUAUUGAUUUCAUUUAUAUUGUAUGGAGAUAAAAACACAUUUGCUGGGGUUGUGAUUCACUGUGCUAGUUUGUACAAGAUGUUGUUUACAAAAAAGGUUAAAAAUACAAUAAAAACAUAAGUAAAGUAGACAUUUGCCAAAUAAAAAAAAUAGCACAAAUACUGUUAAAGUGCUUUGCACCUUCAUCUGCAGAACGUGUUGAGACAAGAUGUAAGUGUUAAAGGAGUAAUUGACUUCCUUAUUUUUAGUCUGCUGAGGAUACAUUCAUAAAAUUGUUAAUAUAACAUACUUAGACAGGUUUUAUUUUUGUGUCUUCAAAGGAGAAAUAUCCAAACUAUUAUAAAUUGAUGGUCAAAUAUGCAGCUAGUAGCUGCUACAUCUCUUUGAAUAUCAAGCCCCCAUGGUAUGUCUUUUAUUGUUCCAAUAAACCUAAGCUUAUGUGACCUCCAGUGCAUAUUAGACCAUUCACUGUAUAAAUACAACAUGUUGACAAAAAUGUGUUUUUAAUAAAACUAGAAAAUAUACUUAUGAAUUUUUUAACAUAUUUUCUGUGGAGCAACUAUCUUACAGUAUAUCCUUACAUUUCAGUGUAUUAUGUGUCACACGGUGUCAGUGCAGCCGUACUUCACAGGGUUCCUGUGAGCUACUUAUCAGGACAGUGUCACUCAUUUCAUAAUGAACGCUUUUUGUCUUCAUGUCUAAAUUUCAUUCGCGUGGAGUGUAAAAUAAUUGGCAUUUGCAGACACAUUGACAGGUUAACCAUUCUGAUUAAUGUUAGUCAAAAACGUUGAGUGAAAUUGAAAUGGCAGUUGGUGGAAAGUCAUGAAAAAAAACAAAGAAAAAAAGGAGUCCAAAUGAGAACGUAGAAGCAGCGUCUACAGAGUCAUGCUUUGAAGUAUGACUUGUGUAAUGCUAAUCCUAAAAUGUCAACAAACUGUCUUCUUUUGUUCCUUGCAUGCCGCGGCGUUGGACCAGAUGCUGAUGGGAUGGAGAACGAUUCAUAGAAAAACAGAACCAGGGUUUGAACAAAAACAGAAAACUUUUCUGCUGAUUUCCCUCCCAGCAGUGGAGGCAUUUGGUGGACUGGCUUGCUGUAGCUGACACAAGGGGGAGCGCAUUCACAAUUUAUAUCGUUGCCACUUCUUUCCUCAACCACUUUGGCUUGGAGUCUUCUGUUCAGUUACUCGAGGUCGUCGACUAAUCAUCAGCAGUUAGCAGUGCAACUGUGAAGGACAAUGAUGAAAUUGCUGUGACCGCAGCUCUCCUGCUUGUUAUGCUUUUAUUAGCCUGCUUCUACAUUAUUAUUCCCUGCAGCUUGCUGUUCUCGCCGUGCGGGCUGACAGCUGGGAGGGACUUUUCCGAACUUAUUUCGGUGAACACAGCCGUAAUAACAAUCAAGAAGCCCAAACACUGAGGCAUGAUCUUUUGUAGGAAGGAUGGAAAAAUUAUUCACACUUGUAGGGAAACGAGUCGGGCCGUGGGAUUGUGGCAUGAAUCUGAGGGAACCUUUAUCUCCCAAACCCGGCAUGUGCACUUAGGACCAUAUAUGCAAUUCUAGUUUUCUCCCCUGCCUCCAGACUGUAAUCCACCAUGAAUUAAUCAUGGUCUUGAGAGUUAACCAAGCUUGGGGAUGUGGGGUGGAAGGUGGGGGUGGAGGGUCUGUGGAAGGAUAUAGGUCUCUGUUGAGCCCCUGGGCUUAGCCCCCCCUGUGGUAACACCAUGCACCGGCGACUGACCGCCCCCGGGGCAACGGCUCUUUAAAUUCAAAUUCCUAUUGAUCGCUCAUCAGCUGUUGGUGCAAACUGACCUUGUAGUCCAACGCUGGAGAAAUAAAGCAAUUCUUAACAGCAUUGAAUGGGUCUUAAAUUAGAUUUGAAAUCUCUGAGUCAGGACGUUUGAAUAGCCCACACACCCACUGGGAUCCCAAGUAAGUGUACUGUAUGUGCAUGUGUGUGUGAUGAGAGGGGUGACAGGGGGUACAUGCUUAGAGGGGGGUACAAAAUGUACAAAAU